CCUCCGUUUCCAAACAAACAAAAUGGCGGCGCACACCAGAUGGGCUCUGUACCAACUGUUACGGUCGAAAACUACGACUUAUCUUAGGUUUUCAGAGAAGACAGGAAGGUCAUACCACACCCAGACUUGGAGGAAACUUCUGUCAGAACCUGUGACCAGAACCGCACACGCACAAAUUCGGCACGUUUCCAUCCGGACGCAAGACACUCCAAAUCCCAGAAGCUUGAAGUUUCUCCCUGAUAAACCUGUUUUGGGAAGCGGGACUAUCGACUUUCCCUCUCCGAGUUCAGCGGAAUGUUCAUCUUUAGCCAGGAACCUGUUUGAAAUUGAGGGCGUUAAAAGUGUGUUCUUUGGUCCUGACUUUAUCACAGUGACAAAAAUAGACGAGGAAGUGGACUGGACAGACAUCAAGCGCAACGCCCUGGAGGCCAUUGCUAAAUUCCUUGAGAGUGGUGCCCCCGUAACAACGGGGGCAGUGCACCAUGAAAGUAGUGCCUCAGAAGAUGACGAUGAUGUUGUGUUGAUGAUUAAGGAGCUGCUUGACACCAGAAUCAGACCGACAGUGCAAGAAGAUGGAGGUGAUGUCAUCUAUAAAGGCUUCCUGGACGGCACGGUCAAGCUGAAGCUGGUGGGUUCCUGCACGGGUUGUCCCAGUUCUACGGUGACCCUGCGGAACGGCAUUCAGAACAUGCUGCAGUUCUACAUUCCAGAAGUAACCAUGGUGGAACAGGUGGAAGAUGAAGUGGAUGAAAUCAACGCAAAGGUUUUCUCAGAGGUGGAGCGCAAAUUACAAGAGUAAUGGAAACAUUACCAUUGAUGAACAAACUCCUCACAUCUUAUUAAAAACGUAUUCACAUACCGCUCACCCUUUUAUCAACCACGAGAAGGAGGGGAGAAAAAUGUAAUUACUGUGUGUUUUUCUGUGCCUAUGCUACUUGCAGUUCAAGUGAAAGUGCAAACUUUUUACAGCAGAUAUUUUUACAUGACGUGACAAAGCAAAUGAAGGUGAUCGAAUGCAAAAUAUCUGCUCUGAAAAUGUUUUUUAACUUCCUGUUUAUGUUUUGUUAAGAUAUAUCUUUGCACGUGUCACAUCAGUAAGGGCGGCAAAAGGUUGUGUUGUAUUUAUUUUUUAUGUAUAAAUACUGUAUAUGCUGAAUAGUUUGCACAUUAAUGUAAUGCAGAAAAAAUAUGAAGUAUGUCCUUCCUGCUAUGCGUUAUACAGUAUAAACAACUUGGCAGAUGUAUUGAAGAAGUGACAGAUGGUGUAUUCUUGGGACUAAGAAAUGAACUGUAUAUUCACGUCCCGCUGCAUCACAAUAAAGUUCACUCGUGGAAAAGAAA